UAAGUGAUCAGUCUACAUCGGAAUCAAAUACAGCCAUGUCGUCCAAGUCGCAAUUGACCUAUAGCGCUCGCGCCAGCAACCACCCCAAUGCGCUCGCAAAGCGGUUAUUCCAAAUCGCAGAAGCCAAAAAGACCAAUGUGACUGUCUCCGCGGACGUGACAACCACCAGGGAGCUCCUGGACCUGGCCGAUCGCCUGGGCCCUCACAUCGCCGUGAUUAAAACGCACAUCGACAUCCUUUCCGACUUCAGCGAGGAAACGAUCACCGGGCUCAAGACCCUUGCAGAAAAGCACAACUUCCUCAUCUUCGAAGACCGCAAGUUCAUCGACAUCGGCAACACCGUGCAGAAGCAGUACCACGGCGGCACCCUCCGCAUUUCCGAAUGGGCGCACAUAAUCAACUGCAGCAUUCUCCCCGGUGAGGGUAUCGUAGACGCGCUCUCGCAGACCGCAUCCGCCGCGGACUUCCCCUACGGCCCCGAGCGUGGCUUGCUGAUUCUGGCUGAGAUGACCUCGAAGGGAUCGUUGGCUACGGGUGAAUAUACCAAGGCGUCUGUGGACCACGCGCGGAAAUUCAAGGGCUUUGUGUUGGGAUUUGUGUCGACGCGGUCGCUUGGGGAGGUGCCGACGGAGGGUAGUGUUGCUUCGGAGGAGGAUGAUUUUGUUGUUUUUACGACGGGAGUGAAUCUUGCGUCCAAGGGGGAUAAACUUGGGCAGCAGUAUCAGACUCCUGAAUCGGCGAUUGGAAGGGGGGCUGAUUUUAUCAUUGCUGGUCGGGGGAUUUAUGCAGCACCGGACCCGGUGGAGGCGGCGCGACAGUAUCAAAAGGCCGGAUGGGAGGCGUAUACUGCUCGUGUCGCAGGAAAUUAAGUGCUACAAUGUUGAACGGGUUAUAUACAUCUUUGGCACGUCUUAUCAGAUGAAGAUACCGGAGAAUGACUGGUAUAUUGACAGCACCUCAGCAGAAGCAUGUCAUAUCAACAACCAGCACCUUGUUUGUACACUAUCCAAUCCAAUAUCAUCUCGAUAGGCUGAAUCCAUCCAUUCAGCGUGCUCCGAGA